CGUCCGCUAAGCGCCUUUCAAAACACUGAGCGUCGAAUGUACGCUGGUCUGCAAACGUAUUUCAAUGUUUUUGAUGAAAUUAACGGCUGCUAUCGUUUGAAUACCGAGGUGAAGUGCUGGUGAAGUUGGAGAUUGUGAGAAUUGGGGAAGGGGAUAGGGAACUUGGUAAAUAUCGACGGAUCGUGGCGUAACGGAAUAUUCGGAAAAUCGACGGACUAUGUCGUCAGAAAAAAUGGCGAUCGCUGCAUCGGAGAAUUAUCAGCUCAAGUGGCACAGUUAUGGGGCUCAUCUCCACAGUUCUGUGGCGACACUUCUGCACUCAGAGUCCUUUGCCGAUGUUUUACUUGCUACAUCGUGCGGACGUCAUGUUGCUGCUCAUCGCUUUGUACUCGCUGCCUGCUCCUCGUAUCUCAGCCACAUUUUUCAAACUUGUCAUUUUGGAGCCAAUACCAACGCUCCAAUUAUCGUGGUUCUACCAACAGAGAUUGGCUAUCGCACCCUGAAAAUUCUCAUUCAAUACAUGUACAGCGGUGAAGCAACAGUGACCAAUGAUCAAUUGGAGGGAGUGUUGAAAGCCGGGGAUAUCCUUCGAGUGCGAGGCCUGUGGCGAUCCAACUCAGCGAGUAAAAAGGAGAACAUUCAGUCGAAUAAUCAGAAAGUUGAGAGGGACAAGAGGGAACAGCAAUCGGCAUCGGGUCAAAUUCAGAAGAUAAAACUAGUGCAGCCGACAGCCCACGAAAAGUCCACAGCUGAUGUAGGAUCGGCAUCAGCGCCGACAUCAACACCUACACCAGUGCAACAGCAACCAGUGCAACCGCCACUUCAACCGUCAUCAGCCCAGCCGGUGCAGAAGAUUCUAGAGAAGAAGAGCAGUUCAAGUGACAAGUCGAGUGAGGAUCCCAAGAAAGGGCUCACUGAGGAGAGCAAGAGCAAUGAUCAGAACAAAAAUAAGGAGAACGUCGAGGCAAAUGGGAAGAAGAGGCGGAGUAACAACAGCAGUAGUGAAGCAGAAUCCAACAAAUCGAGCAAAAGCGAUGGAGAUAAUGCUGAAUUAAAUCUGGAAUUACUAGUGAAAGAUGAGCCAAUUGAUUGGGACGAGUCGAUGGAUCCGUCAGAAUCCCUGACAAUAGAUCACGAGAUUGAUAUCAAACCGGAAAUUGUACACAGUGGUGAUGAAGACGGAGACAUUGAAGAGGAGGAGUACACUCCAUUGACUUGCGACAUGUGCAGUCAAACGUUCAAUCGUCCCUCGGAUUGGGUGAGACACAUUGAAUUCACCCAUGCAGAUAUGACAGAAAAUCGGAGGAAAAAGAGAAAGGGAGAUGAUGACGACAGCAAAGAUUUUCCCCCUUUAAAAUGUGAUCUCUGCGGCAACAUGUACCCAACACCCCAAGAAUGGGUUCGUCACAUUCAAACUGAGCAUACGGAGGAGCAACUCGCCCUGAUGAACAACUCAGCCCCCCCGAAACCCAAACGUAUCCACAAUCAUCAGAAACUCUGUAACAUAUGCCAAAAAGUAUUUCCAAGCCAUGCAUCCAUGGUCAUUCAUCAGCGAACGCAUACUGGUGAAAAGCCAUUUCUCUGUUCAUACUGUAAAAAAGGUUUCAAUGUUAAGAGCAAUUUGCUGAGGCAUCUGAGAACGUUGCACGAUAAAUUUGUCCAUCCAAGCCUGUACGGCAGUAAUGGGAGUAAACAUACCUAGGCGGAAUACGGCGACUCCGCCUCCUCGGAUUGAAAGAACAAAUACAAACACAGAAAAUUCGAAUAAUGAAGUUGAAAAUCAAUGAAACAAAAUGGCACGGGGGCUAUAUUUCUCCUGAAUUUUUUUUUAUUUCUUUCUGGAAAUUUCUUUAUGAAUAAUGAGAGGCGAGGAAUUGAAAUGGAAAUUCAAUUCUGAAUUGGUACUGUGGGACAAUGAAAAGGUAGAUACAAUAGAUGGAAAAUUCUAUUGGAUUUCUAAUGGACUUUGAUUGAAAAUUGUAUUCAGUUUACUCCGCAUUUGUUCUUAGAAAAUGGCCAAUAGAAAUUACUCUAUAGAGGAAAUUCUAUUCUAGAAUGUCAUCUUUGUGUAGAACUUUUUCUAUCAGGACUUUUUGCAUAGGAAUUUAUCGACAUGAAUUAUUCAAGU